CUGCCCCAGCACCAGCCUGGGGGCUGCUGCCAGGCCUCUGUCUGUGCUCUGGAAGGCAGAAAGAGGGGAAAAAAACCCCACCACCACCACUUUUUCCUAAAACCACAGCAUACUUUUUAAUUAACAAACUCCACCGAAUGACUGGUGGCCUCUAGCUGGGUCGAAUGCAUCUGCCCUGUAAGUCAGAGUGGAUGCGACGCACCGAGCCGCAACCAUCUUGCCUAUAAAAGUAUAAAGACUGUGCUUUUCUGGGUACACUUGCAAGAUCCUGGUAGGAGAAGCACAAAUUUGUUUUAUAAGCUAAUCAGAAUCCUGCUGUUCAAUAAUGAGUGAGUAAUUGACAUAUCGCUGCACCGCCAUGCGACACAAUGGCUGGGGAUGCUGAAAUGCUGACAAUCAAAGGCGAGCACCCUUGGCCUCAGAAUACCUUUCUCUUACAAAUCUCUGCGGAUGGCAACCUCAGAUCUUCCCGUUUUACUUCACAGCCCCUUUUAACACAAAGGCGACUGUGGUUUUAAGAUCCCGGCUCCCAGGGUGGGCAGAAAACAAACGCCGCGCGCCCGCUGCCGCUCUCCCUGCUGGCUCCAUUCUUGGGAAGCAGCAGGGGAUGGAGAUGGCGAACCUCCUGCUUUCUGCUGGGCUGGGAGUCCUGUCACCUCCAAUCCCCAUCUCUCCUUGUGACAGCAUUCCCAGCAGCCGCGUGCUUUGUUUGGAGAGGGUUGGAUCUUUAAUACGUACAUCGUCGAUUGAUGCUGCUUUAUCCUCUGCUGUUCCUAUCCUGCUCUAUCCCUAGCCAACCCUUCCUCUCCUUCCCAUCGAUGCCCAAAGACAAGGGUCAUCGAAUGACAGAGUGAUCGAGUUGGAAGGGACCCCAGAGGUGAGAAAAUCACAGAAUGGUUGGGCUGGAAGGGACCGCAAAGAUGGGAGAGUGACAGAAUAGUGGGGCUGGAGGGAACCCCAAAGAGCAUCCAGUUCCAACCCAUCAGAGUGAGCUGGAGAACUUCCCAGCAAUUCUGCCUUCACAUCCGGGAGCACAGGAUCUGAGACAGAAAAGCAAUCUUCAUUGUAAAUUUCUGCAGGAACAGAGUGAGUGCCAGGCAGCUUAUCUUAAAUAGAUUCAGUGCUUAAUUACCCUUUCCUUUUAAAAAUGUGUGCCUUAUUUCCACUUCAAAUGAAGAAGGAAAGUAAUGUUUGCCAUAUCUCCAAAUUAACAGCGUUUGAUCGACCCACGGCUUUAAAAUGAAAUUUUCUGGUGGUGGUUUCUUUCGUUUUUUCUUUCAAUUUUAUGUGCGCACUUCAGCAAGGAGUGUUUGGGGAAGAGGGAAAUCAGUCGGUGUCGGCCUGCUGGGCACAUUAAUGGUGGGAGCCUCGUGGCUGCUGGGGAUGUUUGCUGAGGUGAGGGGCUGCUGUGCCAGCUGCUGGGCUUGGAGGAGGAAAACCUGGGCUUGGCAGGGCUGCGUGCAGCGCCUCACCUGGCCCCUGCUCUCCGUCACCCUCCUGGUAUCCUUCGGCUCCUCCAUGCUCUAUGGCUACAACCUGGCCGUGGUGAACUCGCCAGCGGCGCACAUAAAGGCCUUCUACAACGCCACGUGGUCCCAGCGCUAUGGGCACGGGCUGCCCCCUGGGCCCCUCACCCUCCUUUACUCUCUGACCGUCUCCGUCUUCGCCCUGGGCGGGCUGGGGGGCUCUUUGCUGGUGGGGACUCUGGUGGCACGCUAUGGCAGGCACGGCACGCUGGGACGCAGCGCUCUGCUCGUCCUCCUGGCCGGUGGCCUCAUGGCCUUCAGCCGACAGCUGGCAGCUCCCGAGAUGGUGAUCAUCGGCCGUGCCAUCACCGGGCUGCACUCAGGUAUCUGUCUCAGCGUGGUGCCCCUCUACCUGGGAGAAAUCGCUCCCAAGAACCUGCGGGGUUUCCUGGGCCUCCUGCCCAGCAUCUUCAUCUGCCUGGGGGUGUUCUGCGCUCAGGUGCUGGGGCUGCCUGAGCUGCUGGGCCAGGACAGGUACUGGCCCCUGUUCCUAGCGGUGGUGGCUAUCCCUGCCUCCCUCCAGCUCCUGCUGCUGCACUGCUUCCCAGAGAGCCCACGGUUCCUACUGAUAGAGAGGAAUGAUGUCUGUGGGGCAACUGAGGCGCUGCGCCGGUUCCUGGGGACACCUGAUGUGCAGGAGGUGCUGGAGGAGAUGAAGGAGGAGCAGCAGUCCCUCUCCUCGGUGCAGACGGUCUCUGUCCGGCAGCUGCUGCGGGACGGCUCUGUGCGCUGGCAGACCCUCUCGGUGGCGGUGGUGAAUGUGGGCAUGCAGCUCUCAGGGAUCGAUGCCAUCUGGUUUUACACCAACACCAUCUUCCAGAACGCAGGGAUCCCCAAAUCCCAGAUCCCGUACACCACUGUGGGCACCGGCGCCAUUGAAGUUGUUGCGGGGCUGAUUGGGUGCUUCACCAUUGAGAAGCUGGGCCGGCGGCCCCUCAUCAUCACCGGGUUCUGUGCCAUGGGCACUUGCCUGGCAGGCAUCACCGGCUGCCUGCUGCUUCAGAUUGCCCUGCCCUGGAUGCGUUACGUCGCCGUCGCCUGCGUGGUGGGCAUCAUCGCUGGGUUCUGCAUGGGGCCAGCUGGCGUCCCUUUCCUGAUGACAGCCGAGCUCUUCACGCAGUCCCACCGCUCAGCUGCCUAUAUCCUGGGGGGUUCUCUCAAUUGGCUCUGCAAUUUCACCAUCGGCUUCAUCUUCCCGUUCCUGCAGAUGUCAACCGGUGCCUUUUCCUACUUGGUUUUCUGUGGGGUUUGCCUGCUGGUGGCCCUCUAUGUCUACCUCAUCGUCCCCGAGACCAAGAACAAGACCUUCGUGGAGAUCAGCCGUGUCUUUGCUGCCUGCCAACCCCUCGCCCCACCGUGCCAUGCGGGGCUGCUGAGGCUCCGUGGAUACACGAUGCUCAUGGGAACAGCGACUGGUCCGUAUGGAUCCCUACUGCCUGGUCACACCGUGGAAGCAGAGAUCGUGGCCCCAUAGCAUCCUCCACGUCCCCCUCCCGACUCGGCUGCUCUCGGCAGCAGAACAGAGCGGUAAAUAUGUGCAGCAUUACAUAUGUAUAAUGGAGUGUAAAUAACCCCAAAAAGUGCAUUGUAAAUAGACUCCAAGUUUAUCCUUUAUUAAUGAGGCACUGAGUGCCCUGCUGUUUUAGAGCAGCGAGACUUUCAUAAUAUCAAAACCUAAAUUACACUUGUGUCUCUCAUUCCCAGCAAACGACAGCAUCAUUUCAGGCCUCUUUGCCACUGGUAUUUAUUUAUUCCGGUAUUUAUUUCUCUCUCCCACCCGGCGUGCUGGGCAGCCUGGGAGAUGCCCCGUGCCCUCCCCCUGGCAAGCAGUGACCCCUCGACCCCUGUGUGCCGGUGUGACCCACGAGCCCUGCUGUCAUGUUGUAGAAUCAUUAAGGUUGGAAGAGACCUCUAACGUCAUUGAGUCCAAACAACCUCCUACCACCAAAAUUGUCCAGUGAACUGGGGCCGAGGCACAGGUUGCCCAGAGAGGGGAGAGGUGGGGACAUUCACUUCCCUGGAGACACCCAAGGUCAGGCUGGAUGGGCUCUGAGCACCUGACGAAGCUGUGGGUGCCCCUGUUCAAUGCAGGAGAAUGGGACCAGGUGGCAUUUAAGAGUUCCUUCAACUCAAACAAUUUUGUAGUUCUAAAUAAUCCCUCAUGGGGUUGGGAGAAGUACAGGGCUCCAGCACUGCCCAAACCCACCAAAAGGAUUCAGCCAUACUCAGAGGGCACUGAGGAUGAGGGAAUGACACAGCGACGGUGAGGGGAAGGCUUUGAAAAAAUCAGAGGUGUUACAGAGAAGUGACUUCGGUACCGUGAGGGUACUCACGGCCUUGCUUGGAUCUGUGGAAGCAAAGACAGAGGUGAUCUGUCCUGGGUGCCUUCCUACGGUGUGCCCAGUGCUGAGGGAGGGAGCAUUGGGUGGAGAGGAGAGUGGAGAUUUGUGUCAUUCCAAACCACAGCACGUUUCCUGGGAUCCAACGCUCCCCAACCCAACCUCUCCAAAACGCGUCUUUGAAGGAUGAGCAUUCAGAAAAUAGCUAUACAUGCACAAAGCGUGCUUCGCUAUAGAAAGAGAAGGAAGGAUCCCGUGUCGCGGAGCGGGUCGGUGCCGGGGCGGUCGGGGCGCGAGGUGCGCGCCAGCAGAUGGCACUGCCGGGAUUUAUGGCUGCAGCAAGCUGCCUCUCGGAGAGCGCUCAUGUAGGAGAUGUCCUAUU